AAGAAGCAUUGUUGGGCCAGUAAGAAUCAUUUUUCCAAAUAGGCAAGACAGGAGGAAGGGACUCAGCAAGCCAGUAUGGGAAGCCCAUAGCUCCCUAGGAACACUGGGAGCCCUAUUCCUCCCUAAUAUCGUCUGCAUUCUCCCUAGACCUGGAAGAGCUCCAGGGCUGGCCACCGCUCCACGACUGAACGGUACAGCAGCAUGAGCCGGUCAAGGCAUGUGGGCAAGAUCCGAAAACGUCUGGAAGAUGUCAAGAACCAGUGGAUCCGACCAGCCAGAGCUGACUUCAGUGAUAACGAGAGCGCCCGGCUGGCCACAGAUGCCCUCUUGGAUGGGGGUCCAGAGGCUUACUGGCGCGCUCUCAGCCAAGAAGGAGAGGUAGACUUCCUGUCCUCAGCGGAGGCCCAGUACAUCCAGGAUCAGGCCAAGGAGCCUCCCGGUGCCCCAGAUCCUGCUGGAGGGGCUGAGUCAGGACCCAGAGGACUGGACUCCUGCUCUUUACAAUCAGGUACCUACUUCCCAGUGGCCUCGGAAGGCAGUGAACCAGCUCUGCUGCACACCUGGACCUUGGCUGAGAAGCCCUACAUGAAGGAAAAAUCCAGCGCCACUGUCUACUUCCAGAUGGACAAACACAACAACAUCAGAGACUUGGUCCGCCGCUGCAUCUCCCGGGCCAGCCAGGUCCUGGCCAUCCUGAUGGAUGUUUUCACAGAUGUGGAGAUCUUUUGCGACAUUCUAGAAGCAGCCAACAAACGCGGGGUAUUCGUCUGUGUGCUUCUGGACCAAGGAGGUGUGAAGCUCUUCCAGGAGAUGUGUGACAAAGUCCAGAUCUCUGAUAUUCAUCUCAAGAACAUCUCCAUCAGGAGUGUGGAAGGGGAGGUGUACUGUGCCAAGUCGGGCAGGAAAUUCGCCGGCCAAAUCCAAGAGAAGUUCAUCAUCUCAGACUGGAGGUUUGUCUUAUCUGGAUCUUACAGCUUCUCUUGGCUCUGUGGACACGUACACAGGAACAUCCUCUCCAAGUUCUCGGGUCAGGCGGUGGAGCUGUUCGAUGAGGAAUUUCGACGCCUCUACGCCUCCUCCAAGCCCCUGAUGGGUCUGAAGUCCCCGAGGCUGGUCGCCCCGCUCCAACCCAGCAAGGGCCCAGAAGCCCCCAAUGGCCGCCUCAGCGGCACCAGUGACUCUGCCAGUGACCGCACCUCCUCCAACCCCUUCAGCAGCCUGUCGACCGGCAGCAAUGCCCAAAACCAGAGUCUAUCCACAUCUUCAGGGCCCGGCAGUCCCCUGGCCCCGAUCUCACCCGCAGUUCCAAGGCUGCAGCCUUAUCACAGCACCCGGAGAGCCGUGGCCCCACAGCCUCUCUUGGGCCCCAUGAGGCCCCAUGAGGGAGCACCAGCUCCCUACAGCAGCCUCGUGGCCUACAGGCCCACCCGGUUGCAGCUGCAGCAGCUCGGCCUGGUGCCCAGGACGACUCACCCCUGGGGGCCUUUUCUACAGGCCUUGCCUCAUUUUUAAAGGGGCCUUUCUCCUCACUGCCUGAGGGUGGGGUGGGGAGGGGGAAGGAAUGAGCCUGGCUGAAUUUUCUGGCUGGAAGGCCCUGCCUUAAGGACCAAUAGGAUUGAGCCUGAUUCCCUGUGAGCUAAAAGCACUGGGUGGGGGUGGGAUUAUUGCCUACCUUUGAAUGUAGGACUACUUAACCCAUUCUAGAACAUUCCAGGGAGACAGGGGAGAGACCUCAAUGACAAAAGAUGACUAAGAACCUCUGCCUUCCAAAGGCCAUUCUGAUUUGACAUUGAUAUCUCUGUAAUGUAAAAAUGACCAGAUGCAUCCUGUAAACAGGCUCCACUUCCUCAGAGAUUUAGAGAGGAAAGAUUCAGGAACACGUAUAAGAACAUUCUGGAUGUUUCUGGUAGGAAAUGCUCCUCCCCUGUUAAGUGUCUUAAAACCGAAGUUCCCUGGACCUGAUGGAUUAGUAAUGAGACCCCCCAGAAACUGUCUGGAUUAUGUUGGGGCACCUGAAGCUGCUGCCUACCAGGAUGGGACAACCUGAGGAGACUGGAAGUUUCCCACAAGGCUCUUCAGCAGACUCUGGCUCUUGCUUAAGAGAACCCUGGUCUAUCCUGGAAGGCCCUGACGUCUGAGCUGGCUACAGAGACAUGACUAGUCAUGGCUGGGAAUGGCCCUCAGCAAAGCCCAGGGCAGCUACCUGCCUGCAGCUCUGGAGCCUCUGCUUGUCCUGUUGAUGCCUGGUGAAAUAAACGUGGAACCCUCAGAA